AAUUCAACGGUGAUCAUAUAUAAUAUUAUUACUGUAGUAGACUCAGCUUCUUUAAUUUCAAUGUACUUUCUUUCUAGCUUGUUUUUCUAAUAAAUUGAGCACAAAGCGGAGUAGCAUGUAUAUAUGCAACCAGUAAUAUCGAUCAUCAUCCUCAGAAUCAGAAGUGAGAGGGGUAUUGUAGUGAUGAAGUACCUCAUCGUCAUCAUGCUAGCGACGCUAGUAACUGUGGGCAAUCUUUGGGGGUUUAAUGUGGGGGUUGCUGGGGCUGGGGGCUGUGGAAGCAACCCAGAGGUUAUGGUCUACAAGCUUGCUCCAUGUGGACCAGCAGCACAAGAUGGGAGCGUCGCGGUUUCUCCCAAGUGUUGCUCAUUGAUGAAACACGUCGACAAGCGUUGUCUUUGUGUCCUUGUGCUCUCUGAACAAGUUCAGAGUCAUGGCCUCAAUCCAGCAAUCGCAGUCACCAUACCUAAACGUUGUAAUGAUCCCAGACGUCCCAAGGGUUACAAGUGCGGAGCUUAUACGGUGCCUUGAUCGAUCACGAAGACCCAAGACCAUGGGGCCAUUUAUAGCUGUGGAAUUCUCAUAUUAAUUGUUUUGUUUUGUUUUGUUUUUUUUUUUUUUUUUUUUUUGAGGAGAAUAUUGCUUUCACAUCACCUAAUGUUGGAAAAUAUAUAUGUUGUAGUAUUGAACCCUUUUAACUUAUAAGUUUACUUGUUACUUCAAUCCAU